AUGACGGAGCUGCACGAUGCUCUCAAGUACCUGGGUCCAGCGAAGUGGUCCGACAUACCUCAGGAUGGCCCGGAACUUGAUGGUUACCUCACUGACCUUCACAAGAUGGCACAGCUGAUUGUCGACUCCCUCCCUGCGCCAGUGCUCGACAGCGCCCCUCCGCAAUCUCAAGGUCCGAGACGUGCUACGAAGGCAUCAGAAGUUAGACUCUCCUCAGAGAUCCCUCCGCAGCCUCCGUUUGGUCACGAAAAAUUUCAGAAAGAAUGGGGGAAGCCUAUGAAAAUGAAGCCGCAGGAGAACCCUCUUGGGCUGUCAGUCUACAAGAUGUCCAGCAAGGAUAGCAAGGGAUCAUGGUUUGCUAGACGAAGUAUACAUGAGGGCAUAGGAUUCUCACAAUUCAAGAAGAGUUUGCAGAUUGAGUUCGAGAAAUCAUUGGCAGAACAAGGCCCUCCUGGCACUGGAAAUGUCCGUGGUAUUGGUGGAGAAGAAAGAGUUGAACAAAUAAAGACUGAUAAGGCCACUGUUGAGGUGUACAGACUGUCAGCUCAAUUUCCUGGUCCGACUGCUGCUAGAGACUUUGUGACGUUGCUGGUGACCUCGGAUCAUGCUCUGAAGACUGAUGCUGGGAAGGAACGGCCACCACCGCGGCACUACAUGAUCAUCUCAAGGCCGUGCGAUCAUCCUAAGACACAACCAAGGACUGGUUUCGUACGGGGUUACUACGAAUCUAUUGAGUUCAUUCGUGAAGUUCCUCGGAAGCUCAAAGUCUCGCAAUCAUCGAUAGACUUGGGAAGCCAGAGCCAUCACCACAAGCACCAGCAGACAGGCCAUCCACGAACAUCUACUCACCCAAUAAGUCCCUCAACUCAUGGUGACCACGGUCGAAAGCGAUCAAUGACCACAGACGAUAUGGGCAAGGGAGCAGCCAACUAUCCUGAUCCUGGAAAUCCUGAAGACGAUCCAGUCGAAUGGGUGAUGGUUACUCGCAGUGAUCCUGGCGGUGGUAUACCUAGAUUUCUAGUUGAGCGAGGAACACCUGGGAGUAUAUGCAGCGAUGCUGUGAAGUUCAUAGAUUGGGCAUGCCAGAAUGAUCAAGAUAUGGAGCAGUUUGGAGGGGCGUCGGGACCAGAAUCAAGACCACUGGCAGGCCGAAAACAAAGUCAUCAAAGCUGGAGAGGAAGGGGUCUUGUGGGUGUGGCUGAGGAGGAGCAAGGUAAUGAGUCGACUGAGGCUUUCCCCCGUUACGAUGAGAGUCAGGAGUCACCAGCAAACACAGCACAACCGGCUGAAGGUGACCAAGCCCAGUCGCAAGGCAUUUUCAGCGCAGUAAAAUCGUAUACACCACAAGUCAUAUUGGAUCGUCUGCCUGCAGCAAUGAAUCCACAGGAAACGACGACCAGCGACGACCGAAAUGAGCCGUCAGGCGGACUUACUGCUGCAACUCCUGACGACGCAAGAUCGGUAUCAGGCACAUCCUUCGUGUCUGCGGAAGAACACUGGUCAUCCGAGCCAGAGUCCGAUGACGGUGAAGCAGGCUCAAUAGAGUCUGGACAAUCUGCCACAGCCAUAACCGGCAGCAAAGAACAUAUCCAACAUGAGAAAGAACUACGCAGGCUAGACGAGCGAAAACAAGCACUACAUAACAAAUUCGCAGAAACACAAACCAAAUACGACGAAGCUCGUACCAAACAACAACAAGGCAAUGCUCAGCAGCAUGCCAAAACGAGCGAGAAGCACGACAAAGAAAUGAAGAAACACAAGGAGAAAUACGAAAAGGAAGUCGCCAAAGUAGAGCGCAAGCAAGAAAAGCAAAGGAAGAAGCAUUUGGAAAAGGCGAAGAAAACCGCUGAUAAAGACAAGGAGCAGAAGUUGACUCGAGAGCGAGAUGAAGCUCGAAAGGAGUUGGACUUGCUCAAGAAGGAAGCCACAUCUCUCAGAAAGAUUGUCCAAGAGCUGCAACAGGAGAACACCAAUCUGGUCAUUAGGCUAGGAAAGGCGGGCCUGUCACCCAACGAGGCGAAGGAGGCCAGUCGAAGCCGUAAUACCAGCUUGUCGAGGAAGGAUAAGAAGAAUAUUGGUGAUCCUACGAGCAAGGAUCUGGCGAUUGCUUCAGCUGCGGCGAGUUUGAAGAGCAGCGAAUCUCGUUCUAGCUAG